UGUUAAUCACCUAGACAUAUAAAAUGGAAGCUCCCGGCGAAGCAUGUGGUGCACCUCUCCCGUGUUUGCGACAAUGGUACGACUCGAUCAACAUCUUUCCUCGUCGACGUGCCCAUUAUGCGGAGCAAGUACCAGUCACUUCGCUCGAGAGACAACGCCAGUCUCUUAACGACCAACCCCUCGAGACUCCUCUAUCUGCGGCCCAGGCAUUGAAGAAGCCCAAUGUAUCCUCUGUCCUGUAUCUGGGCUAUGGCUCCAACCUUUGCGCGGAGACAUUUCAGGGCAAACGAAACAUCAAGCCUUUGUCGCAGGUCAACGUAGUUGUACCUAGCCUGUCGUUGUCCUUUGACUUGCCUGGGGUCCCGUACUCUGAACCCUGCUUUGGCAAUGUCCGCCUACGAGAUGCCUCUGCAGCUGAAUUAGCUCAUCAAUAUUGGAGGAGUCAAGAUUACCACAAGGAUCACUGGAAGAAAGGUCUCGUUGGGGUCGUAUAUGAAGUGACAACGGAGGACUUCGCGAACAUCAUUGCGACUGAGGGCGGUGGCUCGGGCUAUAAAGAUGUCUUGGUCGACUGCUACGCGUUGAAUGGUGAACCCACGGAGGAUGUGCCUUGGAAGCCUGAAGGCCAGUCCUUCAAAGCGCACACCCUCUUUGCUCCUGCAGAUGUAGCCAGGCCAGAUCAUUCAUAUGCCCAACCCAGUCCCAGAUAUCUCAAGCUCAUCACCGACGGCGCUUCUGAACAUGCUUUACCGUUGGAAUACCAGGCUUUUCUCCAUCAGAUUCGAACUUAUCAUUUGACCACCGCAAAACAGCAGCUGGGUUCCUACAUUUUCCUCACCAUCUGGUCUCCAUUCUUCCUAUUCAUGUUCGGUGGUGCUUCAAUAUUUCUCCGGCCAGAUGGCACAUAUCCCAAAUGGCUAGCAACAUUUCUUAGAGCGAUGUUCACGGCAGUCUGGGCAAGCUAUGAUAACUUUUUCAAACCGACUUUUGGAGACGGUGAAAGAACGAUAGAGGAUGACAACGACGAUGAUGAUGACCUGGAUGAUGUUAGAGAUGAAAAGGCGCCGUUGAUUGAACCUGUAAAUCAACCCAAGUAUGGUUCGGUUGAAGUAGUCGAGCGGUUAGUUUGAUUGUGGAUGGCAAAAACAAGACAUGCAAGAACAUUCCCUGCAUUGCCUCC